AAAUAAAGGUAAAAAUAAAUGGUAGACACACCUAACCUCUGACCCCUCUCACAGAAAGCAGAGGACAAUGAGCGUAAAUGGAAAAGAACCUCCACCCUACAACACACCAGUUGAAGGACAAGGUGAUAGUGGGGUGAAGGUAUAUCAUGUCCAUACCCCCUUCAACCCGCCUUCCUCCACCAUCCCCUCCAAUAACUACUCUGUGUUUCAGUCUCAGUCUCAGGGAAAGCCAGUGUACACCAGUGGAGGUGGUGGUAUUGGAGGAGGUGGUGAAACUCCUACUCAGAAGUUUGUGAGUUAUGACACAGAACUGGGCCGUUCAGAGGGCAUGACCACCUGCACUUCCUGUCAACAACAGGUGAUGACGAACGUGACCUAUAAAGUCGGAGCCUACGCCUGGCUCAUGUGCAUCCUCUUCAUCCUCUGUGGGUUGGUAGUAGGCUGCUGUCUGAUCCCAUUCUUCAUGAAACACUUUAAGGAUGCGUACCACUCCUGUCCUCGUUGCAACCGCAUUAUCCACGUGGACAAGCCACGCUGCUGCUGACCGCCAUACCACCACCCACCACUAGGAGAGCUGUUGCUGACUGCCAUACCACCACCCACCACUAGGAGAGCUGCUGCUGACCGCCAUACCACCACCCACCACUAGGAGAGCUGUUGCUGACUGCCAUAGCACCACCCACCACUAGGAGAGCUGUUGCUGACUGUCAUACCACCACCCACCACUAGGAGAGCUGUUGCUGACCGCCCUACCACCACCCACCACUAGGAGAGCUGCUGCUGACUGCCACAACAUCGCCCAACACUAGGAGAGCUGCUGCUGACUGCCACACCAUCGCCGACCACUAGGGGGAGCUGGUGCUGUGGCCAAUAUGCUUUACUACCAGCAGGGGAGCUGUGGCUCUACUCUCAGUCUGACCACUGGCCACUCUCUCGGUCUGGAUUCCAUUAGAAGAGCACCAGUACAGUGAAAUGCCUUUCUCACAGAAAACAUGCCCCUUUCCCUCAUGCACCCACAGCUCGGUGUAGGAAUUUGAGAGUGGUUAUAUUUAUCCAGCCCCAUCCCUCGGCUGUUUACCAAUGCAGUGGCAGGGCCAAGGUGACAGUUUUGGUAGUUCUUUGAAUUGCAGAUUGUCCUUUUAAAUUUCGGGCUUCAAUACGGCUCUUAUCUACACUCUUUCAGAACAGCGAGGGAGAGGAAAAGGGGGGGAUGUUUUCAGAAUGGAAUCCAGCCCAAGGGAGAGACCCCCUAGCAGCAGCCCCACAGAAACCUACAGGAUUACACAGUCGUAGGAUGAAUCCCAAAAUGGCACCCUAC